CCAGAGCGGACGGGAGGUUCGUUUCUAGAGCCGGUCGUCGGGCGGCCCCAACGGAAAGAUCUGGCGUUCAGGCGGCGCUGAAGGCGGAAAGAGGAGGAGGAGAAGGGCAGAGGCAUCUCCGGAGCAGCAAUCAUGUUCGGGCUCUCCAGGGUCUUCGAAGACGAUCCCUUCUUUCGGGAUACAUUUACUGCCCAUAAUGAACAUGUACGGCAUUUAUUUUCUGAACCUUUUGGGCGAGAUCCAUUUCUUUCCAUUGAAGACCGACAAGGGGGUCUACAUCACAGAGGACAUCCCAAUUCUCAGAUGGCCUUGAGAGACAAUGACAAGGGGAUGAGCUGUUCCCUUAUGCCUUUUAACAGUUUUGGUGGCAUGGGACCAGGUUUUCCAUUUAUACCUUUUGGCACUUUUGGUGGCAUGGCCAUGAGUUUUCCGCUUAUGCCUUUUGGCUGUUUUGGUGGCAUGAACAUGAAUUUUAGAAAUCCGUUCUUUGCAAUGGACAGAAUGAUGUCAAACAUGAGAACUGGUAUGAUGGACUUGCAAAGAAAUUUUGAUAAAAUGGCAGUUGAUCCAAAUGUUCACUCAUACAGUUCUUCCUCAGUGAUGACCUAUUCUAAGAAGGGUGAUGAACCACCAAAAGUUUUCCAAGCUUCAGCUCAGACGCGGACUGCUCCAGGAGGGAUUAAAGAAAUCAGAAAAGCUUGUAGAGAUUCUGAAAGUGGGUUGGAAAAAAUGGCCAUUGGUCAUCAUAUUCAUGAUCGCGGUCAUGUAGUUCAGAAGGCAAAGAACAACAAAACUGGUGAUGAAGAAUUGAAUCAGGAAUUCAUUAAUUUAGAUGAAGGAGAAGCUCAUGCAUUUGAUGAACAAUGGCAAAAGGAGAUUCUGAAGUUUAAGCCCUCUGGAGGAAGACACAACAUAGAUUCCCCAAAACAUAGAAGUAUUCAUCAUGUAAGCAAGGAGGAUGCUCCAAGGAGGGAGAAGAUGCCCCCAAGAACAGCAAUAGAGGGACCGAGGAGACCCGUAUCUUCUCUUGAAAAACUCAGUGUCAAGGGAUCACAUGUUCCUCUCAAACCCAGCAAAAAAUAAUUGUGCUGCUUUUCAUGUUAAUAUUGAUGUCUUGGGAGAGGACACAAUAAUUCUGGAUCAACAAAUAAGACCAAGCUCUCUGUUCCUAGCAUUAGUGACUCUUUUUUUUUUCCUUUUGACUACUGAAUGUUUAUGUCAGUUUCAGCUCUUUGGUAACACUUGGCUCUGAACAGUAAAUGAAAAACACUUGAGACUGAAAAGUGCUUCAUGACCUUUAAAAAGAAAAUGUGAAAUGUUACAGCUAUUUUCAUUAACACCAACUGCUUUAAUGAAUAUGGGGACAAAGUUAGCAUUACAAAGAUAGUACCAGGUUUCAAGGACUUUAAAUAAAUGCAUUGUUUGUAACUCAAGAAGCAAUACUAGUAUGCUUUUGGCAAAAGCCCAGUUUUUUGAAGCCUAAACUACUGUUGAACUGCAAAGUCAUUAGCAAUUAUAUGAUGAACAUAAUGUCAAUUUUCUUACUAUCACUGAAGUCUAUCCAGAAUUAGUUUUCCAAUAUAUUACAUAAACAGAAUCAGUACCUGAGUUACAUUUUGGGUGGACAAAAAAAAGAAAAAACCAUCUAAACUAAAGCAUUUCACUAAGGGGAAUUCUGCCAUCCUUGAGUAAAAUAUUUAACCCAAUCCAUUUUGGUUUCUUCAGAUUUGUAAAAAACAAAAUACAUUUAUUCUGCUUUGAUUGAAAGUUUUGUUUCAAAUUAUUGAUUUCCACAUUCUAAUUAUUAUUUUGAUAGAAAAAUUACUAAUUUUUACAAACAAUGAUUUAUAAUUAGAAACAUUGUUUUUUAGGAUUGGGUCAGAUGAAAAGAAAU